AUGUUUCCUAACGUGUUUACUUGGUGCUCGCAUCCAGAAAGUUCAAGAAAGAACAAGAACGCCACCGCAGUCACCGGAAACCGGGACAACCUGUACUCCGUUCCGUUUCACGGGGAUCCGUUGCCGGGGAAGCAUAAGCAAACAAGAUUGUCUGUGCGCUCCGACAGAGGCCGAGAGGUACUAAAGGCGAGGAAGAAAGAGGAGCAAAUGGCGGGAAAGGUUUCGAAUUUCUCGGAUCUGAUUCAGCGAGUGGCGGCUUCUUGCUUGCUACACCCUCUCGCCGCCGGCCGGCACAAUCCUGGCAACUCGCCGGUGAGUCGACGCGGUGAUGACGAGGAGGAUGAAGCGUGCGAGAACGAGAGCUGCGACGAGCAUGACGAGGACGACGAAGAGGAAGAAGAUGAAGGUGAGAUUGGAGACGGAGGUUUAGAGUUUAGCGCUCGGGAGGAUCGGGGGACGUCGACGAAGACGAAGAAGGAGGUGAUGGAGAUGGAGAUGGCAAUGAGGGAGGUGUUCGACGCCGUUUCGGAAAUGAAGAAGGCGUACGUCAGCCUCCAAGAGGCCCACAGCCCGUGGGACCAGGAGAAGCUCAGAACAGCUGACGUGGCCGUGGUGGGUGAGCUGAGAAAACUCGGGGUGCUCAGAGAGAGAUUUCGAAGAAGUCGCACCGCUGGCGGCGGCGGCGGAGGUGGUGGAGUAGUAAUGACGGCGAGUACAUUGAGAGAGGUGGUGGCGCCGUACGAGGCGGCGGUAGAGGAGCUGAAGAGAGAAGUGAAGUCCAGAGAAGUCGAGAUCCAAAACCUCAAGGAGAAGCUAAACGGCGUCGUUAACAUCUCCCACUCUAAGAAGGGCAAGUCUCUGUCUAGGAGGAAGGUCGGCUGCAGCAGUCAAGCUCAAGUCGCAGUAGCUCCGGCGCCUGAGCUGUUCGAGGCGACGAUGAGUCAAGUGAGAGAGGCAUUGAAGUCGUUCACAUCGCUGCUCCUCUCUCUCAUGCGCGGGGCCCACUGGGACAUCGCCGCCGCCGUCCGAUCAAUCGAAGCCGCCACCGCUACCGCCAUCACCGCCGGAUCGUUCAGCACGUCGUCGAUCAUCGCGACGCAAAACGGCAACGCCAAGUACGCGUUGCAGUCGUACAUUUCACGAAAGCUCUUCCAGGGCUUCGACCACGAGACCUUCUACAUGGACGGCAGCCUCUCCUCGCUGCUCAACCCGGACCAGCACCGCCGCGACUGCUUCGCGCGGUACCGGGACUUCAAGGCCAUGGACCCCACCGAGCUGCUCGGAAUCCUGCCCACGUGUCAGUUCGGGAAGUUUUGCAACGCCAAGUACCUGGCGAUCGUUCAUCCCAAGAUGGAGGAGUCGUUGUUUGGGGACUUGGAGCAGAGACGACAUGUCGUAGACGGAGGGCACCCGAGGAGUGAGUUUUACGGGGAGUUUUUGGGGCUGGCGAAGGCAGUGUGGUUGCUGCAUUUGCUGGCGUUUUCGCUGGACCCGGCGCCGAGUCAGUUCGAGGCGAGUCGAGGAGCCGAGUUUCAUCCGGGUUAUAUGGAGAGUGUUGUGAAGUUUGCGGGCGGGCGGGUUCCCUCGGGUCAGGUUGUCGGGUUUCCGGUGAGUCCGGGGUUUAAAUUGGGGAACGGGUCGGUGAUUAAGGCCAGGGUUUAUCUGGUAAACCGGAAUUAG